AUGAGUUCGGAAACUGACAUUGUUGCUUCUGUUCUUCAAAAGCUUAUUGAGCCAGGGACGUACAAUGCCUCGUCCCCUACCUCCUCUGGAUCAUCAGACUCUCAUCGCCUCAGCUCUUACAUUGACCUUACCAAUCAGCUCAACUCAUCGAUAAACAAUUUCAGACAAAAGAUUUCACGAUUAGAUGCAUACGAAGAUGAGUUGAGGUCCUUGCAAAAGAAAAUCGCAGAAGGUGGCUCUCACCAGAAGAGUCCUCAAAUCGAAACAAAAAACAAUGCAGAUUCAACAAUCUCCAAACAAAAUUCUGAUAAAAAAUCAAACAACAAAAUUUUGGAUCUAUUAAACCAAAAAUUCAAAUUAGUUGAAAAAUCCAAGUCUCUAUUCAACGAAAAAAUAGAAGAGGCAAAUCAAUUGUUGAAAAAUAUCGAAUUAUUACAAAAAAAUGACUCCUUUCAAGAUCUUCAUUUGCAAAAAGAUUUGUUUGAUAAUGUCAAUGAAAAGAUCAACGAUGAUAAAAUUGUUAAUAAUCCAUCACCUUAUCAAAACGAAGAGGGGUUGCCAUUUAUGGAAAUUAAAGAAGAACUAGAUGAAAAUGGCAAUAUUUUAAAUUCUUCUGUGGAACCUCAUAAUUCCUUAAUAGUAAAUCAAAAAUUAUCAGAUUUAGAUAAAAAUAUAACUAAAAAAACAAUUCAAAACACAUCUCCAAAAUCAAUGGAAACUAUAAUUAAACAACAAAACAAUGUCAAUUUUCAAGAUAAUUCAAAUUUCCCACUCAUGGAGAUUAGAGAAGAAUUAGAUGAAAAUGAUAAUGUGAUUAGUUCCACUGUUUCCCCUCACAAACCUUCCAAUAUAAACAAAAUGAAAAAUAAUACAAAAAAUCACCAAGUUAAAGACAAGAUCAAAAUGAAACAAAAUUCCAAAUUAGAUCAAAAAGAAAAUCAAAUUACCCCUGAACUCAAUUCUGAAAUUAAAACUCAAAUAAAAAACCAAAAUAUAAAUCAAUACGAUUUUGAGGAAAUUAAUGAUCUAAUGAAAGACAUGUACAUCAAUCAUGAAAAAAUCAAUCCUGAAAAUAAAAAAUUUCAAAAAAUUGAUGAAAUUGAUGAUGAAAUUAAAAAAAUUGAUAAUGAAUUGGAAAAAAUUCGUAUCAAAAAUCAAAAAAUUGAAAAACAACUAUUAUCUCACGAUUUACAUAAAAAUCAAGAUAACAAUCAAAUUAAAAAUCAAAAAAAAAUUACUGAAAAAAAACUAAAAACACAACCAGAUAAUAAAAUCAACAUUGAUCCCGCUUUAAAAGAUACCCCUUUAUAUAUUCACGACGUUACUAAUAAUGAUGAUAUUACACUCAGUGAAGCAUCUGAGCAAAUAACUUCAAUUUUGAAUAUUUCAAAUGAUCUCCCAAAGGAUUGGACACCAGAUAAGCCUGCGAUAGCUACUGAGGAUCUUUUGGAAUUACAAAUGUUAAAUGAAGAACUUGCAAAUAAUGAUGAUGAUGAUAUGCAUUUUGAUGACGAUGAAGAGUGGGAAUUUGAGUUUUCAUCUGAUGAAGAUGAUAACAGUAAUCACCAAGCCAAUCUCAAGAACCAAAAAUUGAAACCAAAAUCCUUAACUGAUAAUACUAGAUCUAAAAACUCAAUUGAAUUUGAUCAAUCUUUACUACCUGUUCCAAAAGAAGCAUCAAAACUAUUUUUGAAUGAAAUAUUAAAAAUCAGAAUAAAAAAUAUCAAAGAAAAUCAAAAUCAAAAUCUCAACGAAACUAAAGAAAUUAAUGAAAAUCAAGACGAUAAUGAAAAUGAAACCGACGAUGAUGCCUUGUUAGCUGAAAUAAUGAGUAAAACUUCAAUUAAUAGUGAUUCUGAUGACGAUGAUGAUGGCGACGACGAUGAUGAUUAUCAAAAAUAUAUAUAUCAAAAGCCUAACACUCAAGUACUGAAAACAAAGGGAUUUCCGAAAAACAAUAAACUGCAAAAUUACAAUCCGUUCAAUUCACAGGGAUUUCAAUCUGAGAUCAUUCUGCCUGAAGAUUCUUAUUUAUCAAAUCCUGAGUUGAACCCCCAAACCAUAAAAACGAAUUCCAAACCCACUAUAAAGUCUAACUUAAAGAAAGGAAAAUCCAAAAAAAAGAAAAAAUCUGUUUCUUUUGCUUCCGAACUUCAAAUUAAAGAAAUAGAAAAUGUUUCAAAAGAAUUAAAAAAUAUUUAUGAUAAUCCUGCAAACCUACCAACAAGAAAAAUGUCUAGAUUCAAACUCGAAAGAAAUAAAUAUUAUAAUCUUGAUUCAAGUUAUCCUCCUCAUUUAUUAGGACAUCCUAUUUCUGCUGGUUUCACAGAUGAAGAGAUCAUUAAAGAAGAAAGUGAUGAGGAUGAAUAUGAUGAUGAAAAAGCUAAAAAAGGGAAAAAUAAUGCCAGCAUUAUUAAAGAUAUCAAAGACAGAUCUAUUGAGAAUAAUCGAAAUUCUUUUAAUUUUAAAGAUAAUAAAAAUUCUGAUUAUGAUUUUAACAAAAUAGUUUCAAAAGAAAUUUCUAAAAAAAAUACAUCUUUUCAAAAUCAAAAAGUUUUAUGUUCUAUUAAUCAAAAAGCACCCUUGAAAGAAAAAAUUAGCAAAUUUAAAAAGGAUUUAAACAAAAGCAAUAUGCAUUCAACCGGUUUUAGAUCAGAAAUAAUAACAGAUUCUUCUCUAAUUGAUCCUUCUAAAAAUACUGCUCUUCAAAAAACUCGCCCUAUCAAACCAGAUUUGGAGAAGAAGUAUAAAGGUUUAUUUAUCGAAUCCAAAAGACCUAUUCGAAAAAAGCCAUUAAAUAAGAUCAAUAGAUCUUUAGAGGCAAAGGGAAAGACUUUGGGAGAAACAUCAAAAGUUAAUGAAAACACCGGAAACACUUUUGUUAAAAAACCUUCUAAACUCUCAAGGUUUAAACAAAUGAGGGAGACUGAAAAACAAUACACUAACCAAGGCGUUCAGCUAUCAAAUAAUCUGGAUAGCUUUAACUCUUUGAAAAAUUCUCAAACGUCAACUCUGAAAAGAGUUUAUAAAAGUGAUCUUCAAUCAUUAAUUAGAAAAAAAAAAAUUAAUGAUAAAAAUGCAAAUGUAUCAAUCAAAAUCCCUGAAGUUAAACCUGAUUAUUUGAAAAUUUUGAAACAAGAAAAAAUUCAAUCAAAAAAAAAUAAAGUGGAAAAAAUUGAAAAACAAAAAGCUACAAUGAAAUCUAAACAACCACAUCUCAAUUCAAAAGGGAAGCUUGAUUAUGAAUCUAUUGAUGAUCUCGACAGUAUGGCUCAAGCAUACAUAAAUGGAUUAUAUGAUGAUGAUAUUGAACACAACGGCAAUCCAGGAUCAGUAAUAGAAAGGCCUGAAGAUAUUGAAAAAUAUAAUAAUCAAAUAAAUGAAUUGCAAAAAAUGUAUCCUGAAGAGUUUGAUUUAAUAGAUGAUGAGAAUAGACAAUUUUAUGAGGAAAAAAAUAAAGAAAAUGAAGAUUACAGUGAAAAUAAUAAUAAAGACCAAAAGAAUGAUGAAAAUGAUAAUGAAGAAGACGAUAAUAGGCCAGUUUUAUCAAAAGAAAUUCUUGAACAUGAACCCAAUGAGUUUGAUGAAUUGGUUGAUGAUGAUACGUUUGAUGAAGACAUUUUUGAUCAAGAGUUAUCGUUGGAUUAUCAUCGACUAAGAGAUAAGUUUAUUAAUAUGAAUGGAGGUUAUAAGAAAAGAGUAGAUGAACUAGAAAUUGAGCCUAUUGAUGAACAUGGUAAUACAAUUAAAGUCAGUAGAUUUAAAGCAGCGAGAUUUAUUCCAAAAAAUAAUUAA